CGCACCCAAUCCUUUCUUCUCAACUACAUAACCAGUAACUAGCAAAGGUUAACUUUCAACAGAUAGCAACAAUGGGGAGUUCAGGGCAAGUAUCAUGGAAAUUGGAAGAUCACCCUAAUCUCCCAAAGGGGAAGACCAUCGCUCUCAUCGUUCUCGAUGGCUGGGGCGAAAACAAACCCGAUGACUACAAUUGUAUUCAUGUCGCUCAAACUCCCACCAUGGAUUCUCUCAAGAAGGGAGCCCCUGAAAAGUGGAGAUUAAUCAAGGCUCAUGGUAAUGCUGUAGGGCUUCCCACUGAGGAUGACAUGGGAAAUAGUGAAGUCGGCCACAAUGCUCUCGGUGCAGGACGCAUUUUUGCACAAGGGGCUAAGCUUGUUGAUUUUGCUCUCGCCUCUGGGAAAAUCUAUGGGGGAGAAGGAUUUAAGUAUAUAAGUAAAUGUUUUGAAAAGGGAACUCUGCACCUGAUCGGAUUACUUAGUGAUGGUGGUGUCCAUUCCCGACUAGAUCAAUUGCAGUUGUUGUUGAAAGGAGCUAGUGAGCGUGGUGCUAAAAGAAUUCGUGUUCACAUUCUCACUGAUGGUCGUGAUGUAUUGGAUGGUUCAAGUGUAGGUUUUGUGGAGACUCUUGAGAAUGACCUUGCAAAAUUACGUGAGGGCGGUGUUGAUGCCCGGAUCGCAUCUGGUGGAGGCCGCAUGUAUGUCACAAUGGACCGAUAUGAGAAUGACUGGGACGUUGUGAAACGAGGAUGGGAUGCUCAGGUUCUUGGUGAAGCCCCACACAAGUUUACAAAUGCUGUUGAAGCUGUAAAGAAAUUAAGGGAAAAUGCCAAUGACCAGUACUUACCUCCCUUUGUUAUUGUUGAUGAGAAUGAGAAGGCCGUGGGUCCAAUAGUAGAUGGAGAUGCUGUUGUUACUUUUAACUUCCGAGCAGAUCGGAUGGUUAUGCUUGCUAAGGCACUUGAAUAUCAAGAUUUUGACAAAUUUGACCGUGUACGAGUCCCUAAAAUUCGUUAUGCUGGAAUGCUUCAAUAUGAUGGUGAGUUGAAGCUUCCAAACCACUACCUUGUUUCUCCACCCGAGAUUGACAGAACAUCUGGCGAAUAUUUGGUGCAUAACGGUGUCCGUACUUUUGCAUGCAGUGAGACUGUCAAAUUUGGCCAUGUCACUUUCUUUUGGAAUGGAAAUCGCUCUGGCUAUUUCAACCCCGAAAUGGAAGAAUAUGUUGAAAUCCCAAGUGAUGUUGGCAUUACAUUCAACGUCCAACCGAAGAUGAAGGCAUUGGAGAUUGGUGAAAAGGCUAGGGAUGCAAUUCUGAGCCGCAAAUUUGACCAGGUGCGUGUGAACAUACCAAAUGGUGACAUGGUGGGUCAUACUGGAGAUAUCCAGGCUACAGUUGUGGCAUGCAAGGCUGCUGAUGAAGCCGUUAAGAUUAUCAUCGAUGCGAUAGAGCAAGUCGGUGGAAUAUAUGUUGUGACCGCUGAUCAUGGAAAUGCUGAGGACAUGGUCAAAAGGAAUAAGUCCGGACAACCUCUUCUUGACAAGAAUGGCAAUCUCCAAAUUCUCACCUCCCACACUUGUCAACCUGUGCCUAUUGCAAUCGGAGGUCCGGGAUUGGCACCGGGGGUUCGAUUCCGGAAUGACGUUCCAAUUGGGGGACUGGCAAAUGUGGCUGCAACCGUCAUGAACCUCCAUGGUUAUGUAGCUCCGAACGACUAUGAGCCAACACUGAUUGAAGUAGUGAACAAUUAGGGGGUUAGGCCUUUUGCACUCUUUUCCUCGAGACUUUGAAUCCCUAUGCAAGUUUGGAAUAAGGAUUUAUUUGAUUCCAAAUGCUCAGUCUACUAAGAUUGACAUUUGUGGUUGAGUAUGUUUCCCCGAAGUGUUGAGAAAAUUUUUAAAUGGAUUAUUUCUCUAUUGUUU